AUGGCGCUUCCACCCGAGCAAAUCAACAUCAAGCGUCGGCGCGAGGAAGAGCCCGUCGAAACCCUAUUCAUUCAAUCCGCACUCCACCAAACCAAGCGGCGCUUCACCGACUUCGUCUUCCACAGAGUCACUCUGAAAGCCAGCGCGAAGAGUGCAGAUGGGAGUGCAGAUGAACCCGCAAGCCCAGCAACACCAGCCGCGCAACGGCUCUUGCGCGCCCCGCGCUCAGUAAGCAGUCUCCAUGUAAACCGGCGCGCGCCCGCAUCCUCGACGGGCGUGCCCACAGUGCGGGCCACGUCCCCGGGAGCCGAAUUCCGCGAAGCGCAGCGCAUCGCAGCCGUCCGCAAAGAAGCGGAGGAAAAGCACAAGCGUGCCGUCUACGGGGGUCCUUCUCCUUUCACCGACAUCCAGCCCGGCAGCUCUGCAGCUACUACCACUAAUGAACCCGCAGUGCGUGACAGCAGCCCGGCAUCAGAAGAGACAUCCUCGACCCGCGCGCAGGCCCUGCGCCGGUUCCAGAUCUCGCGCUCGAAUCUCGACUCGCUGAGAAGUUCGCCUGGGGGAAUCCAGAAGCGGCGCACUGGUGGUCCUGCGCCGGGUGUGGCUGUUCUGGUUGAGCAGCUGCAGCGCAAUGCGCACUCGCGCAAGGCGUCUAUGGUUUCGGAUAUGGUGGCGGAGGCGCAGGCUCUCGCGCUAAAGCCUAAGGAACUUGUCCAGGAUAAUACGCCCCCGUCGCCGGUUAAACCGCGCAAACGGCCUGUUGUUAACCAGGCUGAGAAACGGUGGCGCGAGGAGCGUCAGGGUGCUGUCUCGGCUGCGAAGCAGCGUCUGUCUGAGACGUUGGAGAAAUCCGCUCAGACACAGCACAGGAGCUGGGAGCAAGAGUCUGAACGUCUGGCUCAUGAUUUCGAGCAGAUUGCGUUGGAGCUUGAGCGGGAGGCUGAGCAGGAUUAUGGCAUGGAUAUCGAUGUGAAACCGGCCCCUCCGCCUGCAUAUGUACAGCCUGAUUUUAGCACGGCUCCUAAGCCUCCGUUGAAACACCAGCCCCGGCAGCCCAAGGAACCCAGAGUCGCGGUUACACCACCGCCGCAGACUGAACAGGCUGUGGAGGAGGAUGACGAGGACGACUAUGUCUACGACGUUUACGUGCGCCGUCCGCUAUCAGAAGAGGAGAUGCUGAAGAAUCCGCUCGCUGAAUUCGAGUCCGACCAGCAGCAAAAGGAUCUCGCCAAGUCUCAGCCUGGAGUGGGUGUCAUUGUCAUCACGGCCGAGGACGAGGAGAUCUGGGAGGAUUUUAUUGAGAAUGACGAGGAGGAGUGGGAUAGCGAGGAUGCGGACUCUAAUGCCGAAAACAACCCAGCCAACGAUUACCCCGAUGAAGAAGCGUCGUCCGAUGAGGAUGAUUUCGACUUUGACGAUUCAGCGAGCGAGGAUGGCGGGUCUGGGUACAUGUCUCGUUACCGCGAGCACGUAGAUUCAGAUGAAGACUACUGA